ACGCUCGCCUGGAUCACGCAGCCUGUGCCCCACUCCCACACAGGCUGCCGAGCAGCCCGCCAGGCCCACAACCAUGGCCUCCCUCUGGCAGCCCGCUCCCUACAACUCUACCACUACCAGCAGGCGUCCUUCCGGACUUGUGUGCCAACAGAGUCGCCAUGGCGCGCCACAAGCGCUGGCCCCUGGGCCCAGGCAGCAUCGGGCACCGCUGCGGCGCGAGGUACUGCCGGCGGCGACGGCGGGCGGAAGAGGAGGGGAGGGCAAGCAGCCACAGCAGCAGCAGCAGAUGGGCAGCCCACCGCCUGGGGUGGCCGCCCUGCAGGCAGAGCCCGUGGCGCAGCCGGCAGCUGGAAGGGUCUUGCGCGUGGGCAGCCGCGCGGCGCCGCCCACGGCGGAGGCAGCUAUGUUGGCUGCGGCCGAUCCAGUGAUGGGAGAGGCGGUAGAGCCGGCACCCAGCACGGCGCCACCGGCAGAAAUGCCACCACCUGCACAGCAGCAGCAGCAGCAGGAGCAGCCUGGAGGCCCCACCCUGGGCCUGGACAGCAAGGUGGUGGGCAUGAUUUGCCUGUUGGGCGUGGCGAUGCUGAAGGGCAGCUAUAACUCCAUGCUGCGCCUGCUGUACGCCCAGGACGGCCCCCCCGGCCCCGUGGCCAUCAUGCUCUUCCGCGGCGUGCUGCAGUCCAUUGUGCUGGUGGCCGCCUACCUGCUGGUGGCCCAGGUGACCAAGGUGAAGGACAGCGAGGCGGCUGCAGGCGGCGACACCAUCGCGGCGGCAGAGGGGGCAGCGGUUGGCAUGCCGCCGCCGGCAGAGCUGCCUGGCACCGCCAGCGACGGCAGCAGCCUGGUGCCAGCCUGGGCGCAGCGCAUCAGCAGCCGGCUGCCCUACACAGCCAUCGCGGCCUCGGAGCUGGGCCUCUGGCUCUUCCUGGCCACCGCCAUUCAGACGCUAGGGCUGCAGCUGACCACCGCCACACGCGCCGGCUUCCUCAUCCAGUCCACUGCGCUGCUUACGCCAGUGCUGGCCAGCUUCACAGGGGAGAAGCCCAGCCGCAACGUGUGGGCGGGAUGCCUCGUGGCGCUGGUGGGCUGCCUGUUUAUUGCAUCAGACGCCUCGGCCACCGAUGCCACCGACACGCCGCUCUUCAGCCUGGGCGGCGACGCUGCCGUCCUCAGCGCUGCCUUCUUCUUUUCGCUGGCCAUGGUGCGGCUGGGCACGUACGCGAGGCGCAUCCCGUCGGUGGAGCUGGCGGCGGCCAAGAGCGUGGUGCUGGGCGGCGUUGCGUUUGUGACCUUCCUCUUUGCCGCGGCGAGCAUGACUGCGUCAGGCAUCCCCAUCACAGACCUCUGGCCCGGCUACGACAACCCGCUGUCGUGGGCUGUGAUGAUCUACUGCGCGCUGGGCCCUGGCGCCCUGGCCGCUUUUCUGCACGCCAAGGGCCAGUCUGUUGUUCCACCGGCCGAAGCGCAGAUCAUCUUCUCAUCCAUGCCCCUCUGGUCGGUGGCCUUUGCCUUCCUGCUGCUUGGUGGCGAGCCCAUGAGCGAGAAGACUGUCGUCGGCGGAGCUGCGGUGGUGGCAGCUGGCUUCAUUGCAUCCAGGAAGGAUGGAGGGGCCCAGGAGAAGCCGGACGCAGCCGUGGCAACGGCCCCCGUUGAACACCGGCAGGACAAGGGCGACAAGCAGGCGUGACUUUUGUUAUGUGUCUGGCCCUGCCCUUGUUUUCAAGGCUACUAGACGCCGCCUAGAAACAAUUUUGUUGAUUGUUUGUUCGGCCAUUGUAUCUCGCUCCGCAACCGUGCAAACACUUAAACAAAUGUGUGCCCAUACAACCGAUCAUAUUCACCCUGCAUUUUGUUCUGAGUUUCAGAGUACUCUGCCUAUUCACCGGAUCGCCAAUUUUGUAACGAGCUGCUGCCACCCCCUGUAAUAGAGCUGGUUGCUAA